AUGGCGAAUAGAACCAAUUCACGUACUCGCCCUUAUGGUUUCUCUGUUAUGCCUGAUGAAGGGAGAGAAAUUAUGAUGGUUGAUGUGGAGAGAAAGGAAGAUAGUUCAGUGUUUGGAGCACAACCUCAAUCAGUUGUCGACUUAACUGAUGAGUGGGAUUCAGUUGCCAGUAGUAUUUCAGGAGUCAGCAGUGGUUCUUUCAUAGCAAACAGACCCGGGGCUAGUUUUGGUCGAGUUCCUAAUCAGAUGCUUGGCACGUUUGCCACCUCCUUUCCUCAUUCAUCGUCUUCUUCACCUCGUUCCUCCUCCUCCUCUUCUUCUUGUGGUGAUGAUAGUGAUGAUAUUGAUUAUAAGAUGUCAAAUGAUGAUGAUGAUGAUGAUGGGGAUAAUGAUGAGAAUGAUGAUGCUAUGGCUGAGAGAAAGGAAGUGGCCGUACAGCAAGAGGAAACAGGGUCGCAGACUAAAGCAAAGAGAACUUGUGGAAGGAGGAAGAGGAGUUCUGAAGAAGAGGCUAAUGAUGAUACUGGCGUUAAAGUGAAGAAAGCAUCACCGAUAAUUGAAAGUUUGCAUCCUGAAACAGAGUUGGUUCCUGAGAGGGGUGAAGAUGUUCUGAAUUUUUCUUAUGAUGAUGAUCAUGAUGAAGAAGGCUUGCAUGCGGAGACAGAGGUGGUCUUUGAAAGGAGGGAAGAAGAUGUGCCUGAUUGUCCUUAUAGUGAUAACCAUAAUGAGGAAAUCUUGCAUUCUAAAACAAUGGAGGUUUCUGAAAGGAGGGGAGAAGAUGUCCCAAGUUGUUCUUAUAAUGCAUACCAUGAUGUUGUGAAUGAUAAGAAGGUGGAGGAGGCACCACCAAGGAAAGAUGGGCUGUUUUGUGAAAUCAGUAGAAUUGGUGGAAAGAAAAAGAUAUCUCAAGAGGAUGGUACUAAAGAUGGUGGUUGUAAUGAGGAUCAUGAUGUUGCCGCUAAAAAAAUGGAAGAGGACAAUACAAACUUUCCCUUGAAGUUCUACUUUGGAGAGGAUAAUGAGAGCAACAAGGAGAAGGAAAAAACAGCGGAAGAAGAGGAGUUGGAUGAGUUAUGGAGGGAGUUUAAUUUCGAGUUGGAAUGCCAAUCUCUUGGAAAUAUCAAUCCUUCUACUAUGAUCUCAAACAUUGCUAGUAAUCUGCCAGAAGCUGAGAGCAAGUCCUCCAGUUCAUGUAGUGAAGGGGGUCUCCAAUACAUAAUUGAUGAUCAAAUUGGCAUUGUAUGCAGAUACUGCCAUCAUGUUCAACUGGAGAUUCAAUAUGUUUUACCUCCAUUUAGGACAAAUGUUGCCCAUAAAUCCAGAAAGAAAAAUUCAGAUGAAGAGGCUAAUACCUCCCUGUUGGGUGCAACAUUUUCUCAAGAAGUGAAUGCGUUCUCAUACAAUUACUCAACAUCAUCAAAGGGAACUGUCUGGGGCAUGAUUCCCGGUGUAAAGAACAGAAUGCAUGCCCAUCAAAUAGAAGGUUUUGAAUUUCUUUGGUACAAUUUAACAGGAGGCAUCACUCUUGAGGAACUGAAGCCGGAAGGAUCUGAAGGUAUUGGUGGGUGUGUAAUUUCACAUGCUCCAGGCACCGGAAAGACCCUUCUAACCAUUGCAUUUCUCCAAUCAUUUAUGCAAGUGUAUCCGCAUUGCAAGCCAAUGCUAGUUGCACCUCUUAGCAUGAUGUGCUCUUGGAGAGAAGAGUUGAAAAAAUGGAAAGUUGACAUUUCUUUGUAUAUCCUCAAUAUAGAAUCAUUUUUUGGGGAGGAAGAUGCUGCAAUGAGCGAGAUGGUGGCUGAGUAUUCUAUCGACAAGAGUUUGAUGCGCUUGGUGAAGAUAUAUUCUUGGACCAAAGGAAAAAGUAUUCUUGGAAUAAGCUAUGACCUGUUUUCAAAGUUGACAAUGGAGAAGCAUAAAACAAAAGAUGAAAGAAGAUACAAGGAGAUACAAGAGCUCUUAUUUGAGGAAUCAAUAUUAUUAGUUUUGGAUGAGGAUCAUACAGCUAGAAACCAAAGCAGCAAUAUCUGGAAGGCUCUUACACAAGUGAAAACUUUAAGGCGCAUCAUGCUCUCUAGGACUCUAUUUCAGAAUAAUUUUGAAGAGCUCUUCAAUACAUUGUACUUGGUGAGGCCAUUUUUUGCUGAUGCCAUAUUUGAGACGAGGAAAGAGGAUUCUAAUGCAUGCUUGAGUGUUAUAAGGAAAAUGGUGGAUCCCUUCAUACAUUCGUAUGAUGGCUCAGUCCUUGAUCUUCUUGAGCUUAGGGAGUAUAAGGUUGUUUUGCUUCUGUUUCCCAUUCAAGAAACAAUCCCCAAGAGUAAAGUCUCUGAAAAGGGGAUAAAUUUGACUGGGGCAUCGAGCGUGGUUUUACUUGAUCCUGUUUGGAACCCUGCUGUUGUAAAGCAGGCUAUCAGUCCGGCAUUUAGGCUUGGACAGAAGAAGACUGUGAACAUUUACCAUCUAAUUGCUCAGGGAACACUGGAACAACAGAAGUACGAUAGGCAUGCGUGGAAGAGCUGCUUAUUAAAAUCAGUUUUUGGGUCAGCAGAAGAGCACAAAGAAGAGUAA